GUUUCAUGUAUAUCUAAGCAUUACUAUUAGCAUAUCCUCUCAAAAUCAGUUUGAGAGUUUUCCACCCUUCAUUUCUUACCACACCCGUCCUUAGUACAUUUCCAUUUUGUUCGCCCCACCUUUGUUUUAACCCAUCUUCACCUCUCUCUCUCUCUCUCUCUCUGAGGCCCAUUUCAACCUCUUGUGUCAAGUACUCUCUACCUCUUUCUGAUCUCCUCAAUUUGUUAGUUCUUCAAUGCUCGCACAGAGCAUUAAAUAUUGUUCUAUUUAGAAGCAUCAUUACACCCAUCACAAAACAAAGGAAUAUAUUUAUUUUAUGGUGUUGGAUUCAUGGUGUCUCAUUCUGCUUCUUAUUGCUGGGGCUUCUUACAUUUAUUGCAAUUGUUCUGUUAGCAUCACAAUGGAAUGUUGGUAACUUGGUAUAGCCAAUAUAUCUAGAGAGAGAGAGAGAGAGAGAGAGAAAGAGAGAGAACAAUUUAAGGCACAGUUCACCCAACAACUGCUCAGCUCAGCUGCAAUGGAGAGGCUUCAAGGACCCAUUGAUCCCUGUUUUUUUGGUGAGCAUUUGGAUUUUCAGUGCUUAGAACAAGGAUUAAGCACCACAGAAAGCUUGAGAUUUGAGGAAGAAGAAGAAGCAGCACAUCUCUCAAUACCAAGCUUGGAAGACAAAAUGCCAUUCCUUCAGAUGUUACAAACUGUAAACUCCCCCCCACCUUACUUUCCCUUGAAAGAGCCAAGCUUUCAGGCACUCUUGAGACUACAGCACCUAAAGAAUCCAUGGGAGUUAGGCAAAGCCUACAUGCCUGAAAUGGAGACCCAACUUCAGACAGCACUAGAGAUUGAGAGCUGUGUGACCCAUGACAUGGUUGAAUUGCAUUCACCUGUUAAAUCAGAAGCCAAGGACCUUCAUAAUCACCCACAUUCAGUUUCUGCUGGUAAUCUGGAGGCUGUUAGUUCAGAUUGCAUCCAAGACCAGGAACAGCCCAACUCAGCUGAAAUUAACUGUCGUAGGAAAGGCAAUAACUCAUCAGGAUCUCCUCCACCUACCUGGGCUCAAGCACAAAAUGAACCUGAGCAGACCCAGUACCCCAAAUCCCCUCCAGUCACCAGAGAAAGAAGAAAGCGCAAGAGAACAAGGCCAACCAAGAACAAAGAAGAAGUAGAGAGCCAGCGCAUGACUCACAUUGCUGUUGAACGCAACCGCAGGCGCCAAAUGAAUGACCAUCUCAAUGUUCUCAGGUCCCUCAUGCCCACUUCCUACAUUCAAAGGGGUGACCAAGCAUCUAUUGUGGGGGGUGCAAUAGACUUUGUGAAGGAAUUGGAGCAGCUGCUUCAAUCCCUUGAAGCCCAAAAGAGAAUGAGAAGAGCUGAUCAAGGGAGCAAUGGUGACAACUCUUUUAGCUCAUCAUCAUCAUCCUCCUCUGCCAGUAUGGCAAUGCCAUCCAAUGGAAUGUUCAUGUCUCUGUCCCAAUGCAGAAUUGGGUCUCAUGAGGAAGGCACCACCACCACCCCCCUUGAGGAUGAAGUAACAGCACAGAACAAGUCUGAGGCUGCAGACAUAGAUGUCACAGUGAUCCAAACCCAUGUGAACUUAAAAAUCCAGUGCCAAAGAAGAGCUGGGCAGUUGAUGAAAGCCAUUCUUGCAUUGGAAGAUCUUAGGCUCGCAGUUUUGCACCUCAACAUUACUUCUUCACAAGAUACUGUUCUUUACUCUUUCAAUCUCAAGAUAGAGGAAGGAUGCAAGUUAGGAUCAGCAGAUGAGAUUGCUAGAGCUGUACAUCAAAUAUUCAGCUUCAUCAACGGCUGCAGCUGAUUGGUUUAAUGAGUCAAGGCAGUGCUCCAGAAAGCAGCUAACCCUAUUUCAUUUCUUAGAGAGAGUAGGGAUAGGAAAGGAAAAAGAAAGUGACCACAUGAAAUGAAAAAUGUAAGGUGGUCUUUCACUCUUUUAGGAUAUUGGGAUGGAGAUGGGGAAGCAGAGGGAACCUCCACUUUAAAAAUUGUUUCCAUCUCCUAGGAUGUAAAUUUGUGUGUUUUAGUUUUACCCGCUGAGGUUGUAGCGACAAUGCUGCAGAUGAUGUCUAUUUCUUCCUCUCUCUUUUUUUGUUUUUUGUUUUAUGAUGGGGGCCCACCAUGCUUGCUGGAGAGUUGAGGGCUCAUUUUGAAUAUCUGAUAUUCUCAUCAUCAUUACAGCUUUGCAAAGGAUGCUUCUCUUUCUAUAUUUGACUUUUGGGGCAAUCCAUAUGGACUAUGAGUCCGUAAGGUGCUUCAUCAUUGCAUGUGGCUUUAUGCAUGUCCUUA